AUGAGCCAUCCAGCCCAGCACUACCCGCCGCCCACCCUCCCCGACUCCAAGAGCGCCGCCUCCGACUCCUUGCUCUCCAAAACCAGCUCGUCCUUCCGCCACAGGACUUUCCACACCGCAUUCGGGCCCCUCUCUGUAAAUAACUUCCUGCGCAAAGACUGGAUCAAGUACUAUGUCUUUCUCGUCCUCCUGCUCAUCGCCAUCACCGUCGUCGCCAUUUACCACCACCAGAUUGUCAUUGCCCUGCACCCGUUCGUGCUCUCGAUGCGCAACCUCAAAAUCAACGGCGUCGAGGUGGGCUGGCUGAUCCCGGUAGCAAUGCUCUUCAUCAUCUCCUUCCCGCCCCUCUUCGGCCACGAGGUACGCCCCGCCCACACCCACCCACACUGCUUACAAAAAAACUGA